UUUCAAAACAAUAUCGUUCAGCAGUCUUUAAGUCUCGGUUGCAACACAGAUCACUCUCAUUAUGUCGGUUUCGGAUCUUAUUGGUGCACUCGAUGCCAUUCCCAAGCUCACCACAGUUCCUAGUUCUAGUGCAAGUGCCCAGGAGUCAGUCUUCCUGGAUGCCCCCGAGUGGCUGACGGAGGCGUAUCUGCAGGAUGCCCUAAGGAAGUACUACAACGACCGCAGGCUCAAGAUUACCUGGGUGAAAGUGAAUCCUGCCCUGGGCAAGGGCGAGAACUAUGGCGGAGUCCUGACCCGCGUAAAAGCUCAGUUUACCCGGAGCGAUGGCAGCGCCCAAUUGGGUCAUUACAUUGUCAAGUCCACCUUCGAGGGUAAUGACUUUGCUCAAAAAACCAUGGAACCCUAUGACAUAUUUAACAGGGAAAUGGAGAUCUAUGAACAAGUCCUGCCCAAACUGAAGGCUCUUCUGCGGGAAAUCGGCGACACGGAGCAGAUCUUUGCCGAAACCAUGGCGGUGGACAUUGAGAACUCAUCGCUGAUCUUUGAGGAUCUAAAUGCUCGUGGCUUCACCAUGCCCGAUCGCCUGAAAGGAUUGGACAUGAAAAUCACCCGUUUGGUGCUUCGCAAAUUGGCCAAGAUGCAUGCCACUUCGGCGGUGAUGAAUGAGCGCGAGAAUCAUGCCCUGGAGGGCUACGAUCGCGGCUUCUUCAACAGGUACACCGACAACUAUGCUCCGGCCUUUGUGGGCAUGCUCCAGGCGGCAACGCGUCGCGUGGCCCAAUGGCCAGGAUACGAGAAGUAUGCCGCGAAGAUGGAGGCUCUGGUGCCCAUCUACAUGGAGCUGGGAAAGCGCAUCUUUGACAUUUCACCGGGUCACAUAAAUGUCCUGGCCCAUGGCGAUCUGUGGACCAACAAUGUCCUGGUCAACUAUGACAAGGAAACCGGAGAGCCGCUGGAUGCCAUCAUCAUAGAUUUCCAGUACACGGUUUGGGGAUCGCCGGCUUUGGAUCUUUUCUAUUUCCUAAACACCUCGCUGGAGUUCGAUCUCCACAAGAGCCAUCAGGAGGAGCUGAUAGCCUACUACUUUGGUGUCUUCUCUGAAACGCUAAAAAAACUGCAGUACCAGACUGCCGUUCCCAGCUUGCAUCAGUUCCACCAGCAGAUGCUGGAGAAGAAGUUCUAUGCUGCCCACACCUCCAUUUCGGUAUUGCCCAUUCAGCGAAAUGUGGAGACUGACAAUGCGGAUUUCAAUGCCUUGAUGGAGACCAACCAGCGGGCCUUGAACUUCAAGGAUGCCUGUUAUAGGAACCCAAUUUCCGAAAGGGUUUUGCGAGAGCUCCUGCCAGAUUUCGAGGCCGAGGGUUUGUUGGAUGCAGAUCAGUGAGAUCAAACAUUUAUUUAUUUAUUUAAUGCUAACUAAUAGUUAUAAACUAAAAGUUAACAAAGGAUAAUGAGCAAUGGCUACCGAGGCCUUCCGCUCUUGAGAUCAAACAUACAAACACCUGUGUUAUAUAGUACAUAUUAGAUAUUAUUACCCAUAUAUUAGACCAAUAUUGUUGUAUAUGCUAAUAGGUUAGGCAACUGUAAACUCCACUUAAAAAUAAUAUACCUCUUUAUAAACAGAUAAUAUUAUAAUAUAUUAUCAGAAAAUGUAGUACAAUUUACAAUAAAUUACAAGUUAUUCAAAGAAUUUGUGAAAAUGAUGGGGCAUAAACUGGAAAAGCUUAUUUUACGGUUUGCUAUCGAGGAAAUGAAAGGAUAGGUUCAAUCUAUAACUAAUCUAAUCAGUUUUUUACAGUAUAAUAAUGGCGAUAAGAAACUUUAAUAAUUGGAAAGAUACUUUAAGUGUAUUGAUUAUUUUUUUGUUAAAGUACUUGUAAAUGAGAACUCCCAAGCAUUUGUAAGUGGUUUGAAAUGUACAAAGCCAUAAGAAAGAACUUUAAUAUAAAUAUUGCCUAUUUUUGUAUAGCAAAUGUUUUCAUAAAUUAAAAUUUAAAUAU